CCCUUGUCGCGCGCUCGGGGUGCCGCUCGCUCCUCCCGAUUCCCGCCUCGGUCGCCGCUGCUCCUCCUCUCCCAGGCGUCGCGGCGGCCGCUGCCUCUGCGGGCUGUAUGAGAAGGAGGAGGAGGAGGAGGAGGAGGAUGUGAAGAUGGCGGAGCUGCAGAUGCUGCUGGAAGAGGAAAUCCCGGGGGGCCGCCGGGCCCUCUUCGACAGCUACACGAAUCUGGAGCGGGUGGCCGACUACUGCGAGAACAACUACAUCCAGUCAUCAGAUAAACAGCGAGCCCUAGAAGAAACCAAAGCCUACACCACCCAAUCCUUAGCAAGUGUUGCAUAUCUGAUAAACACCUUGGCCAACAAUGUCCUACAGAUGCUGGAUAUCCAGGCAUCCCAGUUACGGAGGAUGGAAUCUUCAAUCAACCAUAUUUCACAAACAGUUGACAUUCACAAAGAGAAGGUUGCAAGGAGAGAAAUCGGCAUUCUGACUACCAAUAAAAACACUUCAAGAACCCAUAAGAUUAUUGCUCCAGCCAACCUUGAGCGACCAGUUCGUUAUAUUCGAAAACCUAUUGACUACACAAUUUUAGAUGACAUUGGACAUGGAGUAAAGUGGUUGCUUAGAUUUAAGGUGAGCACCCAGAACAUGAAGCUGGGCGGGCUGCCACGUACCACACCCCCAACUCAGAAGCCCCCAAGUCCUCCUGUGUCAGGGAAGGGGACACUGGGGCGGCAUUCCCCCUACCGCACACUGGAGCCAGUGCGCCCUCCAGUGGUACCAAAUGAUUACGUACCUAGCCCAACCCGUAACAUGGCUCCCUCGCAGCAGGGCCCUGUGAGGACGGCUUCUGUGAGUCAAAGAAAUCGAACCUACAGCAGCAGCGGGAGUAGUGGAGGGAGCCACCCAAGCAGUCGGAGCAGCAGCCGGGAGAACAGCGGCAGCGGGAGUGUGGGGGUUCCUAUUGCUGUUCCCACGCCAUCGCCGCCCAGCGUCUUCCCAGCCCCUGCUGGCUCUGCCAGCACUCCUCCCCUUCCUGCUACUUCUGCCUCUGUCCCCACCCCUCUUGUUCCUGCUACUGUCCCCUCCUCCACUGCCCCAGACGCUGCUGCUGGGGGUGCACAGACCCUUGCUGAUGGCUUCACUUCUCCACCUCCCCCUGUUAUUUCUUCCAAUCCCCCCACAGGUCAUCCUGUUCAGUUCUACAGCAUGAAUAGGCCUGCCUCUCGCCAUACGCCACCCACAAUCGGGGGCUCAUUGCCCUAUCGACGCCCUCCUUCCAUAACGUCACAAGCAAGCCUUCAGAAUCAGAUGAAUGGAGGUCCUUUUUAUAACCAGAAUCCAGUAUCUCUUGCUCCUCCUCCUCCUUCCAUCCUACAGGUAACUCCUCAGUUACCUUUAAUGGGAUUUGUGGCCAGAGUUCAAGAAAAUAUUUCAGAUGCACCACCUCCACCACCACCUGUGGAAGAGCCGGUCUUUGAUGAGUCCCCGCCUCCACCACCUCCUCCAGAGGACUAUGAAGAGGAGGAAGCAGCUGUGGUUGAGUACAGUGAUCCUUACGCAGAAGAGGACCCUCCGUGGGCACCAAGGUCUUACUUGGAAAAGGUUGUGGCAAUUUAUGAUUAUACAAAAGACAAGGAAGAUGAGCUGUCCUUUCAGGAAGGUGCCAUUAUCUAUGUCAUCAAGAAGAAUGACGAUGUAUUAAAAACAAAAUUAGCCACGUCUGAACACAUGGGUCUUCUUGCUGUCAUUUGUAUUAUGCUGUCUGGGUUGAAAAUGUGGCAAUCUCUCAAUCUGUGACAGGCUCAACAAUAUGAACAUUAGCUAAAACAAAUCAGACCAAGACUGACUUGAGAAAAAAAUCUGGGAUCUUUCUCAGGAAUACUGUACACCCUUGGAUUUCUCUUCCUGCAGACUCUGUGACAUUGGAUGUCCAUUGCCUCUGCUUUGGGGCUAACCUCAUGGCCUGGCGGACACUUUGCCCCUUACUUUCUUUCACUAUCUGGAGAGGAAGGAACCAGUGUUUGAAAACUAUAUUUAACUCCUUCUCGAUUGUUUUAAAAGGCUGUUUUUCUUCUUUAACACUGUACAUCUUGUGCUCUCUUAGCACUGGAGUGCGCUAGGUGAGCCGACCCUGAACUCCCUUGCGUCCUGUCCUGUUUGUAGAGCAUAAGGGUGACAAAAUGUGAAAGUCUCCAAGCAUUCCCAGGGUUGUUAACAAUCAGUUUAAUAUUUAAUGCACUGUUGCCUGAGACUGCCUUGCUGAUGGCAGCCAGUGAAGCUGGUGUGAAAUAU